UCCCUUCAAAGAAUGGCGGACACCAUAAAAUGCAACGCCGUGGUAGUGGAAGGAUUUUUGGCCGGAAAAGACACGAGAAUCAUUCAAAGAAUCAGCCUAAAAGUGAACGUUCAUUCCAUAGACAGAAUGUACGACUGUUUGCAACACCAAUAUUAAUUCUAUUCGCCAUAAUACGGUCCGUUGCUGCCCAGUUAUGGCUCGUUUUAGUCGUGCUUGUGUGCAAAAGUCGUAAAUCCAUUUCGUACAAAUGUGAGAAAGCUUCAAAGAAAAAAUGUUUAGAUGAAGAAAAGGCUUUCAUGAUGUCGUAUUCUGAAUCAGGGAAGAUAAGAACUACUCUGGGGCCUGGUGAACCUUCAUUGUCGAAGCAGAAACACCACCAUAGAAAAGCUUUUGAAUAUAUUUCCAAAGCUUUGAAAAUUGAUGAAGAAGAUGCAGGCCGUAAGGAGUUAGCAAUAGAAUUCUACAGGAAAGGUAUCACUGAACUUGAAAAAGGUAUUUCGGUUGAUGUUAACGGCCAAGGAGAUGCCUGGGACCGUGCCAAACGGUUGAAAGAUAAAAUGUCAACUAACCUUGUUAUGGCCAAAGACCGCCUGGAAGUUCUGGAAAAUUUAUUGAAAGUGUCUGGCACAGAUGGCAUGGAUCGAGAAAAUUGUGACCUGAAAGGCAAACCAAUGACACCGCAACUGAAAAGAAAACAUGAUAACAGCCACAUCAUUAGCCCUAUACAUCACCCCAGUAUAUAUUCAUGUUCAUCAUCAUCAUCAUUGCCUCAUCCAGUUGCAACAAAACCAUUAAAGCCAUCCAAAAAUCAAUUACUAGUGCAUAAAAGCAACACGUUACCUCGAACUAGAAGUACAUCAACUUCAACCCUGCGAGAAAGUCCAACUUUAUCACCUAAAAAACAGGUUCACAAACGACAGUUAUCACAACCUGAUAUGAAAAGCUCUCCGAAAAAAGAAAAACAGUUACCUGCUAGUUUUAAAAACGUUGACAAAAAAUUGGCUAACCUCAUUUUAAAUGAGAUUGUUGAUUCGGGCCCACCGGUUGCAUUUAAUGAUGUUGCUGGACAACAAAUUGCUAAACAAGCCCUGCAAGAAAUUGUUAUUUUACCUUCCCUGCGACCUGAGCUUUUUACUGGAUUGAGGGCACCUGCAAGAGGAUUAUUACUCUUUGGCCCCCCAGGAAAUGGUAAAACCAUGCUGGCCAAAGCCGUAGCAAAUGAAUCAAAUGCUACAUUCUUCAAUAUUAGUGCUGCCAGUUUAACUUCCAAAUAUGUUGGAGAAGGAGAAAAACUAGUCCGCGCCCUCUUUGCUGUCGCCAGGGAACUACAACCUGCUGUGAUUUUUAUGGAUGAAAUCGACUCCUUACUUUGUGAAAGGAGAGAAGGAGAGAAUGAAGCUAGUCGUCGCUUAAAAACAGAAUUCCUGAUAGAAUUUGAUGGGGUAAGAAACAUUCAUUGUUACAAAAAAUUUUUUUUAAAUUUGUGUCACACUUUUUCAAGUUUACUCUUAGAAGCCGUAGCCCAACAUAUCAUGCCAUUUUGGAAUCGGGCCAAUUCCAUGAGUAAAUUAAAAACAUUCUGGGCCAAAUCCGGACCUGCAAUACUUUGGAGACUAAACUCAAAGGUUGAUUUGGUGUCCUUUUUGCAAGAUAUAACAAAAAUGUAG